AUGCCUCGCUUCGGACACAAGAUGGUCGCGGCCGACGCGAGAGAGGAGAUGACCGCGUACGAGGCGGAGCGCGCGGCGAGGAUCGAAGCGAACAAGGCGCGCAUGCGCGAUCUCGGGAUACUCGACGCGACCGCGCGCCUGCGCGCGACGGACGCCGCGGCCGCCGCCCGACGCGCGGCGGUUCGCGCGGCGAGAACCCCGAAGGGCUCCGACGCGGACGGGAACCCCGCGUAUCGCGUCGCGGAUCGCGCAGCAAAGCCGGCGGUCGCGACGCGACGCAGCGGCCGCCUCAGCGGCGCGUCCCCGGACGACGCCGCGACGACGACGCGCACGACGGAUCGCGACGACGACGUCGACAGGAACCCGGAGACGUACUCCCCGGCGCAGGUCGCCGCGCUCGGGAGCGCGACGAAGACGUGGACGCUGUUCGUGGACGGGUACGACGCGAACGGGAACCGCAUCUACGACAGCGCUAUCGGCGCGACGUGCCAUCAGUGCCGCCAGAAGACGGUCUGCGCGCACACGAGCUGCGGCGGGUGCGGGGAACUCCGAGGGCAGUUUUGCGGCGACUGCCUGUGGAUGCGUUACGGCGAGCACGUGGACGAAGCGAACGCGCUGGGGGCGAAGUGGCGGUGCCCUCCCUGCCGCGACCUGUGCAACUGCAGCUUCUGCAGGCAGCGGAAGGGCUGGCCGCCGACCGGAACGCUGUACCGCCGCGCGAUCAAAGAGGGAUACGCGUCGGUGGCGCACUACCUCGUCCUGAACAACCGCGCUGAUGAGGACGUCGACGUAAAGACGCGCGGCGGCGCCGAGGAGGAGGGCGCCGCGGACGCCGCGGACGCCGCCGCGAGGGACGGACGGUCGCCGAGCGGGGACGAUAACGCGCGCGAGAGCGGCGACGUCGACGCUGUCGACGCUGUCGCGGUCGACGCGCCCCCCGCGGCGCCCGUCACGCCCACCGCGUCGGGACCCGCGAAGGACGACGACGACGAAUUUUACGACGCGAAGACGCGCCCGUCUCGGAUGAUCGUGAAGGUCGUUCGGAAGAUGGCGGACGCGGUGACGAAUCCGACGGCGACGAAGCGGCGAAGGGCGAUGUCCGAGAGAUGA